CGCCCCGAGCGCGGAGAGGCAGCUGCCGGGCGCGGGGGGCCCCGACACAGCUGCCGCGUCCCCCCCGGGAUCAGAGUUUGCAGGUUUUCAUACUUUGCCUGUGUAGAACCUGAACUUUCAGAAGAAAUUGCAGAACUUCCUGGAGUGACUGCAGAAGAAUUUACUGGAGAGCGUGUGUGUAUGUGUCUGUGUCCUGACAAUAUUCUGAACACUUGUGAUACCUUUUGUGAGGGAUGAAGGUGCUGUCAUGUCAUUCGUGGACAGUAAUAUUGAUAUCAAAGAAUUCUUGGAAAACAUCAAUUUAGGGCAAUAUAUCCCUAAUUUUAAAGACCAUGGAUAUAAUACUGUACCAGCUUGUGUAGGAAUAAAUAAUAAUGUGCUUCAGGAAAUUGGAAUAUUGCCUACUGGACACCGCAGAAGAAUUCUUAAGCAGUUAGAGACCAUAUUUUCAAAAAUGCAAGAGCAGGCUACUUUUUCAGAACAUCUGACACGCAAAGCCUUGGAGGAAUUAGAGCAAAGCCAGUCAUUGCACUCUGACCAAGAUUCUAAAAUAUCCAAGUCAAAUUCAAAUGGGGUUGCAAGAGCUAGUCCAACAUCACUAUUACUGCCAGUAAAUUUUUCUAGUGAAAACUGUGUUGGCAAACUAAAGAAUGAAAUGCUUGAACAGGAAUCAGCGGAAGCGAAACAUGAUAGUUUUUCAGAUUUGGAGUUUUCUAGUUCAUCAUAUCAUAAUUCAGAUUGCUCAGGAGAAGCUGUGAGUAUUGAAAGUAUUGAAAAGAGUGCAAAAUGGGAUGUGUCACAGGAAAUGGCAGACGUGCUGCCAGGUUACUUACAUUUAGACAGUUGUUCUGCAUGUGCUGAAGAUCCAUCUUCUCAGCCUUCAUUUGCUUUCUGUGAAACCAAAUCCAGUGAGAAUGACACUUUGACAUUUACAGAAAUGAAAAAAUUAUCAAAACAACUGCCAGAUUCACCAUUCUUUGAGUUUAAGGGUGAAAUGAUAGACAAUGACUUGUAUGGUACGUGCACAGACAGCUGUACCAAAACAGUUCCAAGAAUGACAAGGUCUUUUGUGCUCCGACACCGGCCUGUACCAAAAAUCCCAGGUUCUCCUAAAGGUACAGCUUCAGUCAGUUCCCUUAAGAAAAGAAGAAAUGUGGAUAUUUUAAAUGUUUCUUGUACUGGGGAUCAGACUUCACAAACAAAAGUUGCCAGUGAAGAAAAGCCGUCCGUCAUCUCUCCAUAUGGGGAAACUUUUCUUUUUGGUAGCCCUGAAGAUUCCAAUGAAAUCUGUGGUGAUGAACUCUGGGCUGUGGAAGGAAAAAAGAAAGAGGAAAAAAUGAAUGAAGAAUAUUCUCGUAAUAAAUCAUGUGUCUUUAAUAAUCCAAUGGGGAAGGUGUUUGAGGACCAUGUGAAAACUGAAUUAAAAUCUCAAGAAAACAAGUGUGUUGAAUCAGGAGAGCUUGUCAGAGAACCUGAAUAUUCAACUCUGGAUGAAUGUUCCCACUAUUUAAGAAAAAACAGUUGUAAAGCCAAAAAACAAAGUGGAAAUCAAACCCACUCUGUGAAAGAACAAACUUAUUUUCGGCCAUUUGAUGAUGACCAACUUUUUGCUUCACAUGAACCAAUAACACCCUAUGCUUGUUUUUACGGACCAUCGGUGAAGAAGAUAAAAGCAGGGUGGUUGGAUAAACUGUCUCCUCAGGGAAAACGUAUGUUUCAGAAGCGCUGGGUUAAGUUUGAUGGAGACACUAUUUCUUAUUACACUAACGAAAAGGAUGUGUAUUCGAAGGGGAUAAUCCUACUUUCAGCUAUAGCUUCAGUCAGAGUCCAUGGGGAAAAUAAAUUUGCAGUUGUCACAGCUAAUAGGACAUUUGUUUUCCGUGUGGAAAAGGAAGAUGAAAGGAAUGACUGGAUUAAUACAAUACUCAGUGCCUUGAAAUCACAUACUGAUACCUCUCAAGCUCGACUCACUGUUGCUCCUGAGAGAAGUGGAUACCUUGAACUAAAGGGGUACAAAGCAAAAGUCUUCACUAUUCUUCAGGGUAACAACGUCUGGAUCUGUAAAAAUGAACAGGAUUUUAAGACUGGGUUUGGCAUCACUAUAAUCCCUCUGAAUGUGGCCAAUGUAAAACAGGUGGACCGGAGUGCAAAGCAGUCUUUUGAAAUUAUCACUCCUUAUAAAAGCUUUAGCUUUACAGCAGAGUCUGAAAGGGAGAAACAAGAGUGGAUUGAAGCACUGCAGCAAUCAAUAGCAGAAACUCUCUCUGAUUAUGAAGUAGCUGAGAAGAUUUGGUUCAAUGAGUCAAAUAGGAGUUGUGCUGAUUGUAAAGCUCCAAAUCCAGACUGGGCAUCCAUCAAUCUCUGUGUUGUCAUUUGUAAGAAGUGUGCAGGGCAACACAGAUCUUUAGGACCAAGAGAUUCAAAGGUCCGGAGCCUAAAAAUGGAUGGCAGUAUUUGGAGCAAUGAACUUAUUGAGCUUUUUAUUGUCAUUGGAAAUAAAAGGGCUAACAGCUUUUGGGCAGGGAAUCUUCCUCCAGAUGAAGAGUUGCAUAUGGACUCCCCUAUAGAUAAAAGGAUAACAUUUAUUACACAAAAAUACAAAGAAGGAAAAUUCAGGAAAAUGUCUUUUGCAUACAGGACCAGAGAAGAGUUAAACAAGGCCCUGUGCGCUGCAGUAGUUAAACAAGACGUGUUGGAAACUCUGACAUUGUUAUUUAGUGGAGCUGAUGGUAUGUGCGCCACUGGAGAUCCUGUCUACAGUACUCCUUACUUACUAGCCAAGAAAGCAGGACAAAGGUUGCAGAUGGAAUUCCUUUACCACAAUAAAUUUACAGAUUUCCCGAUCUAUGAUACUCAUUUUGAAAGUGGUUUCUCUGAAGAUUCUUCACAUUCCACCUUUCUUUGUGAAUUUUUAUAUAAACUUUCUUUUAACACUGUCAAGCUGUUUACAGAGAAGAAAUUGAAAGAAGACUGCAAUAAAAGAUGGUGUACUUUGGAAAGUAGUUUCUUGAGUUACUAUGAAAACGAUAAGGCAACCACUCCUAAUGGUAUGAUAGACAUCAGUGAAGUUAUCUGUCUUGUAGUGCACAAUUCUGACUCAUUUUUAAAUACAGGGACCAACUUUGCCUUUGAAAUCUAUUUAAUGUCAGAACGUGUUUUCCUGUUUGGAGCUGAAACUGCAUAUUCACAAAGAAAAUGGACCCAAGCAAUAGCCAAGAAUUUUGUUCCCAUUGUGGCUGGAUGUUUGUUAGAGAGAGAUUAUGAUCUCAUUGGUCAGUUAUAUUACAAAGAUUGCCAUAGCAUUGAUCAGUGGAGAAAAGGCUGGUUUGCUAUAGAAAAGUCAAGUCUGCAUUUUUGUCUGGAAAUGGAGAAUGCUCAGGAGGAUUCAAUAUAUCUGAGAAGACUACAAGAGCUAACAAUCAGCAGUGUGAUGCAAAAUGGAGAAAGAAUAGAUGUCUUGCUGCUUGUUGAAAAAGGAAGAACAUUAUACAUCCACGGUCAUACAAAGUUGGAUUUCACGGUCUGGCAUACUGCAAUUGAAAAAGCAGCAGGUACAGAUGGUAAUGCAUUACAAGAUCAGCAGCUCAGCAAAAAUGACGUUCCCAUUAUAGUGAACAGCUGUAUAGCAUUUGUUACACAGUAUGGUUUAGGUAGAAGGCACAUCUACCUAAAGGAUGGCAAUCCUUCCAGUGUGAGUGAACUGCUAGAGAGCUUCAAAAAAGAUGCAAGAAGUGUUAAAUUGAGGACUGGAACACAUCAGCUGGAAGAUGUGACUGAUGUGCUGAAAAGUUUUCUGUCUAAAAUAGAUGAUGCACUUCUCACUAAAGAGCUAUAUCCAUUCUGGAUCUCUGCUCUAGAUACGCAGAAUGAAAAGGAACGAAUAAGAAAGUAUGGAGCUUUUAUUCAGACGCUUCCACCAGUCAAUAGGGCUACUUUGGCAGCUUUAAUUGAACAUCUGUAUAGGGUGCAAAAAUGUUCAGAAAUUAAUCAUAUGAACCCUCACAAUCUAGCCACAGCAUUUUCAUCUUGCUUAUUUCAAACUAAAGGACGGACUGGAGAAGAAGUCAAUGUAAUUGAAGAUCUGAUUAAAAAUUAUGUGCAAAUCUUUAAUAUAAAUGAAGACCAGAUCAAACAAAUGGAUAUAGAGAACAGCUUUAUUACCAAGUGGAAAGACACACAAGUUUCCCAGGCUGGAGAUUUGUUAAUUGAAGUUUAUGUGGAAAGAAAAGAGCCAGACCAAAGUAUUAUAAUUAGGGUAUCACCUUUGAUGGAGGCAGAAGAAUUAACUAAUGAUGUAGUAGGAAUAAAAAACAUUAUUCCCAGCAAGGAUGAUAUCUGGGCUGUUUUUGAAGUGAUUGAAAAUGGAGAGCUAGAGCGCCCACUGCACUACACAGAGAAUGUGUUAGAACAAGUUCUUCACUGGAGUUCAUUACCUGAGCCUGGAACAGCAUAUCUAGUAAUAAAGAAGUUUCUAACAGUAGACACAGUAAAACUCUACACUGAGAGUGAUGUAAAGGGAAGUGUGAAGGCAGGCUAUCUGAAGUACAAAGAAGAAUCAUCAAAGCUACUCUCUGGAAGUAAAUUUCAAGACCGUUAUUUUGUUUUACGAGAGAGAAAUCUACUCCUUUACAAGGAUAUGAAGAGUAACAAACCUGAAAAAGUGUUGUCUCUUAAUUCAGUGAAAGUCUAUCUUGGAGUGAAAAAGAAAAUGAAGCCACCAACAAAAUGGGGUCUUACAGUAUAUUCUGAAAAGCACCACUGGUGCCUGUGUUGUGAUGGACAGGAUGCACAAAUGGAGUGGCUUACCAGCAUGUUCAGUGCGCAGCACAAUGAUAUAUGGCCACCAGCUGGAAAAGCAAGAAAACAGUCUAUGACUAAAAAUCCAAAGAUUGGAGGCAUACCUUUAAUUCCUAUUCAACAAGAGAAAAUUACUCCUAAAACCAGAGGAAGUACAGAGGAUAUACAAUUGGAAUCUGGAAAGCUAAAGCUCAAUAAGCAAUAUGAAAAUGACUUAAUGGAAGAAAAAAAGAACCUAAAAGAAAAAGCAUCUAUAGUGGCACAGUGCCUGGAACGAAAAGAGGAGACAGCGCAAAAUCAUGCAAAGAAGCAUCGGAACUUGAUCUUCGUUGAGGACACAGGUGCCAACGUAACUGACUUUCACCAAAAACAUUUUAAAGAGGCAAAGGCAGCAAAGAAAAAGAAGAACAAAACAAACAAAUCUAAUUUGGAACCAGAUAACAAAUUACCAUCAGAUGUUAUUCAGGAACUAACAACAGUUCUGCAGAAAAACAAAGUCCUUCCAGAAGAAACCUACAUCUGAUUUUUCUAAGACUUGGAUGGUCAAAAACCAGAUUAUUUCAUAUGACAAAUAGCUGUGUUUUUAUUUUUAACUGUGUGUACAAUUUCUACAGUGUAGAGACUAUACAGUUGUUUAUACACAGCUCUUGGUUUACGAAUGGUAAUUAUGUAGAUGAUGUGUGAUAUAAUAUAGAUUUAAAUUAAGAGCUUUUGAAAGUUUUGAAUUUAUAAAAUUCCAUGAAUGAAAUGUGCAAAUUUGAAGUUGCUGGAAUAUUUUUCUUUCCAUGUACUUGAUAGAUGCUUUGAUUUCGUUCAUAAUUUUUAAGUGCAGCAUUUAAGUUAAGAGUAAUGUUUUUAAGCACUCUUAACUAUUGUGUAUGUUGUUUCUAGGCUGAGAAGUAGACAAAAUUUAGUGGGGGAGGAGAGGAAGAAAGACAGGCCAAAAUGCACUGUAUUAGCCAAGAACUUUAUUUUUUGUAGUUGUCUAACACUAGAUAAAAAUAAAUAACAUGCCAUCAAAUUUGAUGACAAUGUAUGUAUUUUAGGUAUUUGUAAAAAUAUAAAGUAUAUUUGUUUACAUAUACAUGGUGUCUGACAUAGUCAUCUCAGUAAAACAAAACAAGAAGAAAUCAAGGUGUUAGCUUUAGUAUGUCUAAACUGUUUCUAUAUAAUACAUAUCAAAGUUGUUUGUUUACAGGUAAGGGAAGGGGAAAAUUGUGGAAGAAAUAAAAACAAAAGGAGACAAAUGCCAAUUUUUCAAGCAGCCUCAUCUUGACUUCUGUAUUUGUUUAUGGUAUCUUCUAUCUGCUCAGCAGACUGAAAUAAAUUUAAAGGAAACUUUCUAGGUGAUGGGUUGAUUAUCCGAUUAGGAGUGCGAGGGUGCAACCUUUCAUCUCUAAAGUCACUCUUGAAUGUGGCUGCUUUGUAACUGAGGCGGGUUGCUACCUGAUGGCUGUUCUAUAAUCAAAUGCAAAACAAAUUUUCUAAUGAACAGAUGGUUCUGUCACAAAAACACCCAUAAAAUUGCCACCAAUUCAUCCAUCACAGAAUAACCAAAUAUUAAAUAAGCAUGGAGAAUAACCCCUCCUUUCACCUUUUAGAGGUGGUCCUACCAAAUCAAGGUUGAACAAUACACUGAUUUUGAGGCAUUUUAAAAGCUUAAAAUGCUUCAAUCUCCUCUGUAGCCUAUUCAGAGGCUAAAAAGAAGCUUUGUAUUCCUAGAUUAUCCAUCUUGCAUCUUUUAUGAGCACUGAAGGGACAUUUUCUGUACACCAUCAAAAUAGAUAGCAUGAAAUAGUAAAACAUUUAAAUUGAAAAAAUAUUUUCUGUAUUUUUCUCCCCCUUUUUUAAACCAUUACCAUAUUUUGUGAUAAUAGAAAUCUGCAUGCUGCCUUUCACUGAUGUUAAUGGAUGCCACAACUGCUGUGACAUCAGUUACUUCUCAUGGUGCUUAGCACUGCACGAAUGAUAUUGGAGAAAGUUGUCAUCUGUACUAAAGUUCCUUGUUAAUCUACAUAUGCUGCAAAGAGAUAUUGAAUAAUUACAAUAUUUAAUGUGGUUUUUAUUUUUAAUAGUGUUAUGGAAUAUAGUGAAGAAUUCUUCUCUUGCUCACUUUGCACUAAAGCACCAUCUGACCCAUUCUUAAAUAUAAAGCAUGUUUACACACACUUAUUUUCCCAGUGCACUAUUGGUGGUAGUGUUAGCACCAAUUCAGGUCUUCUCAGUUAUUAAGGAAUGUGUUUAAAAAGCUUUUUAACAUGAACUGAAGUCUUGUUGACUACAACCAUUGCUUAAUGCUACUAAGUACAUUCUUAAAUGCUUCUCUGGAUCAGGGCUUAUAUAUCUUCUGCUCCAGGAAAGAUGCAAGUGUUCACUUUAUCUGUCUGAGGCUAUUCGUGAAUUCACAGUUUACAAUAAUUCAUUUACUCUUAAAUUAUUUUUAGUGUGUAAAUUAUGCACUAAUUGCAUCCCAUCUUGUAUAACAUCACUAAGGCCGAGAGUCACUGUAAUGCAGAAUUUCUCGUAUACCAUGAAUGGAAUUAAAAAAGUAAUAUAAGGUGCACUGAGAUGAGUGACCCAAAUAAGAGAAUGACUUUUCCCAUUUUAACUUAACUAAAUACUUCAAGAAAGCCCUACCUUUUUUAGAAAGGAGCUUGCAGGUGGUAUGGUAUCUGUACAAUUGCUGUAAAGGAUACUAAAAUUAAAGUGUAACAUUGUUUACAUGGAGGGAAACAAAAAGCUGAACAUUUACUCCUCAAUUGUGGUUAAACUGAUGUUCCUUAAGACUCUGGAAUCAUCUUCUACUGUUUUCUAUAUACAUUCACAUAUGUACAUGAUUUGAAUGCCAAAAUUAUUUAACUUAAAUAUAACUUCUGUAAUGAAUGUUAACUCACUUAAAAUGCAUUACCUUUGAAUGUCUUUGUACUUGAACCAUUAUCACAUAUUCCAUCUGUUUUGCACUAUGUGUUUGAGACUCAUCUAAGAACUGAACACUGUGUGUAAAAAUAUCUGAAUGGCUGCUGAUUUUUUGUUGUUUAUAAAAUAUGCUGAAAUAAUAAGGGAAUUGUAAUUUCUAUUGAAUAAAUAGUGUUUGUCUAA